AUGCGUAUGUUUGUCACGAGACGGCUUCGCAUGGCACAGUUGAAGCGACUUGCAGACGAGGAAGGAGAUGAAAUCGGCAUUGUUAAUAUGGAAAAACCAAAAAUCCUCCUCCCUAUGGACACUCCACGUGAUGACCUAGGCGUUCGAGAAGUGUUACACCUUCUUGACGGGCCAGUGGUUGACGCUUCCACAGGCCUGUCUCAUAUUGCAGUCGUCACUGAUCAAGGAUCGCUUUUCACGUGGGGAAAGGGUCUUGAUUUUCAACUGGGUCACGGUAACAAGACUGAACGCAGCGAGCCACAUAUUUUAUUCGAUCCUCGUGAUGUAAAAUGGAAGCUGGUAGCGUGCGGAGGAAAUCAUACAAUUGGCGUCUCAAAGGAUGGGCGGACUUUUGGGUGGGGCAGGAAUGAUUACGCACAGUGUGGUGUUCCAUCGGAUAAAACUCCAUCUCUAACGAAGAAAUACUUUUACCAGGCACAAAAGCAGGACGGCGCUGGGGCUGCAAAGCGAUGUGUUUCAUUGCCUGAUGAUGCAUCUUUCGUUGUUAAACCAACAUUAAUUCCUGAAGUUGAACUUCGUUUUUACGAUGAAGAUAGUGUUUCCACAUCGUUCGAUCAAAAGCAACUCAUGACGCGCCUUAGAGGAUGCGACUUGCCAACAAUUCAGGCAGUUUCUCGUCAUUUUCUCUGCCGUCAUCCCGUUAAUGCUCCAUCAUGCAGAAGAUCUACAGGCUUAGUUACGCCCUUUCUGUCUAUCGCGCUCUAG